AUCUACUCCACUGUCGCCAUCGAGAACUUUUCCAUUGAGAGUGAAGCGGCUUUUGUUUUCCUCAUUGGCAGGCGUUAAUGAUAAUGACAAUAUUAUUAUAAUAAAACUCACAGAGCUCUGUCGGAACCGUUAAUUAAUGGAAAAGUCACUAUCAGAGCAUUGUUAAACGGCAAUAAAAUGUAAAUUGAGUAAAAAGGGUCCCAGAAAUAAUCAAGCCAGUGACAAACAAUUCGCACAGUACAUUUAUAAUGAGGCAAUCAAUAAAUCGUAUGGCCAGACGCCCGUUAAAUCCGUAACUAAUCAAACAUGGUUUAUUAUUCCAACGGAGAAAGAAGGCCCCUGCUAGUGCGCGUAUUUCCAAAUCCGCUCAGGAAAAUAGCCUCCAGAGGUUUUGGAGCACGCCACUGGCAGGCAAUCCUCCUGUUCGUUGGCAUGAUGAUCAACUACUUCCAGCGGGUCAACAUCUCGGCUGGCAUCGUUCCCAUGACCCAAUCCACCGCAGGUGCUCCAUUCUACAACUGGGAUACGUCGGAUAAGUCCUUGAUCCUCAGUAGCUUUUUUUGGGGCUAUGUGGUGUCCCAGGUGCCGGCAGGACUCCUUGCGAAGCGAUUUGGAGCAAAGUUGGUCCUGGGUUCGGCGACGGCAAUUGGAGGCAUCUUAUGCUUCUUCCAUCCCCUGGCAGCCAAAAGCGGCUGGGAGAGUAUUUGCGUCCUGCGCGUCUUCACCGGACUGGUUCAGGGAACUGUCUAUCCGUGUGUUCACACUCUGCUGGCCAAGUGGGUGCCGCGCACAGAGCGAGGAGUCCUUACAACGGGCGUUUAUUCGGGAGCACAGUUCGGAACGGCGGUUAUCCUGGUCACCAGUGGGUUUAUCUUCGAAUCCAGCAUGGGCUGGCCGGGAUUAUUCUACCUGUCCGGAGGUCUAGGCCUGGCCUGGGCGCUGCUCUUCUUCUGGCAGGCGGCCGAUGAACCCGCCACGGCGACCAGGAUCAGCAAAAGCGAGGUGGAGUACAUCGAGAGCCUUACGGGCAGCAAUAGCUCAAGUCAGUCUAUGCCCGUGCCCUGGUUGUCGAUCUUCAAGUCGCCAGCCUUCUACGGUCUGCUAGCAGCCCAUUGUGGAUUCACCUGGGGCUUCUACACACUACUCACCGAAAUGCCCACGUACAUGAGCAAGGUUCUGCAGCUGAACGUCAAGUCCAAUGCCUUCCUCUCCUCGCUGCCGUACUUCGCCAUGGGUUUGCUCUGCUUUGUGGUCAGUCCCAUAUCGGAUUUGCUCAUCAAUCGGGGCACCAUCACGAUCACCACGGCCCGGAAGCUCUUCAACUCAAUAGGACAGUGGGGACCGAUGGCUUGUUUGAUUGGAUUGGGAUACAUGACUGCGGACGAGAAGACAUGGGCCAUUCUUCUGCUGACGCUGGCCGUGGGUAUCAAUGCGGGCUGCUUCUGCGGCUACCUGAUCAAUCACAUCGAUCUUUCGCCCAACUUUGCCGGUGCCAUGAUGGGAGUGACCAAUGGCAUUGCGGGCGUGACCUCCAUAGUGGCUCCAUUAGUGGUGGGGGCGAUCAUAUCAGAUGAGGAGGAUGCAAGCGAGUGGCGGCUGGUGUUCUUCAUAACGGGAGGAAUUUACCUGGUGUGCAACACCUUGUUCGUGAUAUUUGGCAAGGCCACUAUUCAGCCGUGGAACGAGCCGCCUUCCAUGUCCAGCACCAUGACACUGCGCAACCACCAAGAGAACGAUUCAAAGUUCAUUGCUCCAACGUCCGAAAAGGAUAAUCGGUUCUAAGGCACACGCCCUGCUCAUGUAGCCCACUGACAAUCUCGUUAAUUGUAGUAGUUAUAUAUUAUUGUUAUUAUAGCUUGCCGUCUGUGCCAGCGAAAUUUUGAUAUGCCUAGCUUUAACUAAAGAUAUUGGUUUAUGUUUACGCUUAUGCUAAGGGAAGCUUAAUAUGACUUAGUUGUGUGAAAGCACUUUACGACGUGGCACGUUUCUAGGGUGAUUAAGUCGUUUUGAGUAUGUCAAUAAGUAAAUCGUCUAUGCAUACAGCAUACUAAUAAAUAUUUACAGCCCUGUGUA